AUGUCCUCUACAUAUUCUUCGAAGUCGAAGCCGUAUACAGUUAACGAAUGUUCGAUUUGUUUGAGUGCUCUGAAGCAAGGUGCGCCAAUACUUACGUUAUCAUGUGAUCACAAAUACCAUUUUCAAUGUUUAAUGUCAAGUAUCCGAGCACACCAUAAACAAUGUCCAUUAUGCCGAGCGACAAUUGACGAAUCAAUUGUUCAAUUGCUAGCUGCGAGUCGUAAUGAUGCUAGUUAUCACAGUUCACGAUCUACAUCUGAUGAUUUACUUGGAUCAAACGUUGAAUCAUCGUCUGGUCUUCCGACGAUUUCUGUAACUCCCCGACUUGAAUAUAAAGGACAAUCGUCGGAAAGACCAUCGAAUAUCUAUGGACUUGUCACACUCCAAGCAAAUUCGACAGGACACUAUUCUCCAUCAUCAUUGUCGUCUCGUGUACCAAUUGAUCUUAUUUGUGUUGUUGAUCAGAGUGCAUCGAUGUCCGGGGCGAAAAUGAUUCUAUUGAAAGAAACGCUAACUUAUAUUACAGAACAAUUGACAGACCGUGAUCGAUUAGCCAUUGUUUCAUUUGAUAAUCACGCUUACGAUCGAUCGCACGGAUUGAAGCAAAUGACUGAGAAAAAUAAACAUAGAUUACAUCGAGUAAUUAAACACGAUCUCGAAGACGGAUUUAGUACGAACAUUAAACGUGGAUUGGAAAUGGCAAUUGAUCUGUUUCGAAAUCGUCAAGGGGAAAAUCCAAUCAGUGCAUUAUUCUUGCUCACUGAUGGGCAAGAUGACGAGAUUCAAGAUUAUUCACAAACUAUGAGACAAGUGCCUGCGAAUGUCGUUUGCCAUACUUUUGGUUAUGGACCAGAUCAUGCUGCGGCGUUACUAGUGAAAAUAGCUGAAUCUGGUAAUGAUGGAACUUUCACCUAUAUUGAUAAGUACGACGCUAUUGGUCCUGCAUUUGCUAUUGCACUGGCUGGCUUGUUAACAUGUGUAGCGCAAAACAUUCGUGUUGAGAUUGAAUUCAACCACGAAUAUCAAAUAACUCAUGCUCAUUCUAUAUACAAACAUGAGCCCGAACGUUUACCAUCGUCAAGAAUUGCAUUCAAACUAAACGAUCUCAAUGCGGAUGAAAAACGAAAUCUCAUCUUCCAAUUAUCUGUGCCGAGUUUGAGAGGACAAACUUCGAUACAGGAUCAUGUCAUCGGUCAUGUUUCAGUUCAAUACGUUGAACCAAAUACCAAUCGCACAUUGAGAACAACACCAGCGCCCUUUCAUCUGAUUCGAAGAUCUCCUAUGUCUGCAGAAUAUUUACGAGUCGAUCAUACUUUAGAUGUUCAGCGCAAUCGAAUUGAAACUGCUCUUGUCCUGCGACAGGCUAUGGAAGAGCACAACUACAAUCUAUCGAAAGCUUUACUCAGAGCACAGGUUGACAGAAUAAAAGCAAGUGCAUCAGCGCAAGAUCCAUUUUGCCGACAGUUAAUCCGCGAUCUGGAACAUCCUUACUCAACAGAAAACGAUUAUCGUUCGACGCAUCACAAUAUUUACAUGCAACAUGCAACAGAACGUGGGACUUAUUCAUCUGCAAGUAGUUCUAGUGCACACGUCUACUCAAAUCCGAACCAUUUAAGCCAAAUUCAAAACUAUCAAAGACAAAAUGAAUAG